CAACAAGAAGAGUUUCAAAAAGUGACUUCAUUCCCACACAUGGAGAGAGAGAGCACACAACACAGACAAGGGAAGGUGCUCAGUUGCAAAUGCUAUUGAAGGAGUAGGAACUCUCACUUGUUCAUAAAAAGUGUGUUAAAGGGCUUUACUAGUUUUACUUUAUAUUCUUAUUUUCUUUUACUAUUAUUAUUACUAGUCGUAUUCUUUACUCUUGUCUUUCUAUCACACACACACUAUAGUAGAGAGAGAGAUAGAGAGAGCAUCCACUCUUCUUUCUUCUUCCUACUCCCUCCUCCCCAUUGUCUGUGCAAUCUGUUGAACAACACACAAUUCAUCAUGGGGUACCAAUCACGCCGCCUCUUUUGCGGCAUUCUCUUUUGGCUCAAGACGACAUUUGCUGUCGCUCUCGCAUUUGCUAUUAUGGCUGUCCUCUCUCUCCGCGUUUAUACAAAGCACAAGGACGCCAUGGACGAGAGAGCAAAGCAGCCCAUUAACACGCCCAUUGCCAUCGAUCCCGCUAAUCUAGGCUGUCAGUAUCAACCUGGCGGUCUGGCAAGGCUCGAGCCCGCUCAAGGCGUAUUGAUGGGUUACUCGCCCAACUGGAAUCCAGAUGUGCCCACUACCAUCAACCAGCGAUUGGGAAGGCGCGCUGCCGUCUUCAACACGUUUAUGCGCUUGGUCAAUGACCCCGUCAACCCAGUGGACCAAAACAUGUUGGACUGGCACGCUGCAGAAGUCAUUAACGCUGGAGGAAUCAUGGCUUUGACCCUCGAGCCCAUUGACAUGCUGGGUGUCACGGACGCUGUCAUUGAUAAGGUCACGGACCAUUUCCGUCGCUUGAACGCGGGAGGCUGUCCCAUCAUUCUUCGCUACGGACACGAAAUGAAUGGGGAAUGGACAAACUAUGGCUAUCGGCCCAACAUUUACAUUCCUGCUUUUCAGAAAAUGGCUACUGCUGUGCAUGCAAAGACCAAUUUGACAGCCAUGUUAUGGUCGCCCAAUGUGGGUGCCUUGUAUCCGUUCACGGCCACGGCAGGCGGAAGCACUUGGCAGACGGCGGAUCCAGCCAAUUUGGCCCUCCUCGACACUAACGGCAACGGCAUUGUCGACGCUGGAGACGAUCCAUACAUGCCCUACUACCCUGGAGAUGAAUACGUGGACUGGGUCGGCCUUAGCUUGUACUAUUACCAAGACGCUGCUCCCAAUGCCGUUCCUAAAGCCACCUUUUUCGACGACUAUCUAGAAGGCCAAAACUUGGUGGCGUAUGGAGCAGAUGCCAAUGUUAAUUUGGCUUUGCGCAACUUUUACCAGCGGUUUGCCGUGGAAAAGAAAAAGCCCAUGGCUCUCUCAGAGUCUGGGGCCGGGUACCUCAUGAACCAAGCUGGUGCAACCGAACUGGCCGUCAAGCAAGGCUGGUGGGAACAAACCCUCAACACUGCCACUCUGGCCCGUUUAACCCAACUCAAACUGAUUAUCAACUUUGAGGAACAAAAGAAUGAGGCCGCCUAUGUCAAAAACUGGGCCGUCACGACCAAACCCGAGAUUUUGGCUGCGUACAAUGCACACCUCACACAAUUGGGUGCAGCUGUAUUGUGGGCCAACAAGUUGGGUGUGAGCUGCGAUGGAUCGCUCAAGACGAGUGCUUAGAUGCUUUUUUUUUCUUACAUGGACCCGGCUGGUUCUUUUUUAAAUUUCAUAUCAUAGCUUUUAUGUGUUUUAAAUUCGAGUAGUGUGUGUAUGUGCGGGGGUGAACAAGUAUAUAGGGUUGUAUCUUUUUUGUUUCUCUUCUUUUUUCCCUAUAGAUUUUAACAAAAAAAAAAGGACUUUUGACAUUUCAUUGUCUUUAAAUCUCUA